UGUGCAACAAGUGGCGUGAAGCUUCGCUGAUUCGCGGCUGUAUCCCUUUGCUUUCCGUCAGCCUACGUACCGCCGUCCCUCUUCUACACCCUGCACCACAUCGCAUCGGCCGAUCUCUCCCGCUGCCCCCAAGCUGUGGGUAGGAUAUGGACAAGUGGUAGCUCGCGGGGUGAAACACAAGGGUGGAACCGCCGGGAUUUCCGUUGCACGGCAACGACGUACACUACCUGCUGUAGGCCGCAUUACGUUACACCACGCUGGAAAUGGACCGGAUGGGAACAACGUCGCCUUCGAGAGGGCAGGCAGCGUGGGCGAUGCUCCCAAGCCCGUCCACGCCAUCUGCGCGGUUCGCCCGAGACGCCAGCGCGGGUCUCAAGGCGCGGCAUUGGGUCGAGGAAGUGAUAGGGCGCCGACUCCCCGAGGGCGAUUUCGCCGCUGGCUUUAAAGAUGGCCAGGGUCUGUGCGAGUUAGUCAACACCUUUCGACCGGCUAGCAUUCCGAAGAUAGAGAGGUCAGCGUCUCCGUUCCACCAGAUGGCGAAUAUCAGCUCUUUCCUCAAGGCGUGCCGGAUGCUUGGUGUCAGCGAGCACGUGCUCUUCGAAACUCUGGACCUGUUCAACGAGAACCGGUUGCCGCAGGUCGUUCGGUGCUUGUUUUCCCUGUCAGAGCUCGUUCGCACCACCAUGCCGUCGUACCAUGGGCCAUACCUCGGCGCCCCGGACAAGCCGGAGGUGGACCCUGCCGUGCUGCAUCUCGUCGACAUCGCCAAGGGAAAUGUUGUGCCGGCUGCGGGAGUCGCGCCGGCCGGCGCAAGCGCUACCAGCAGCUGCAAGAAGGGCAGUCGGGCGGCGGCGGCGGCGGCGGCGGCGGCGGCGGGGCUUGAGCCGCUGUCCCUCCCGAAACAUGACGGCGAGGACGGAGCAACCUCGAGCAGGCGCUGCCUGUCGCCGGCAGCGUACGAGGCGGGUAAGCUUACGUACGGGGUGUACGAAGGAGGAGGAGGAGGAGGAGGAGGAGGAGGAGCGCCAGCACCCGCGAAACCGCCGAGAACACCGGGUGCGGCGAGAACGGCGCGAUUGCGAGCUGCCCGAACUCCAGGCCCGGACGAUGCCUGUGUGGUUUCGGGUGCACAAGCCGCCGGUAGAGGAACCACGGACGCGCAGCGGUGGCAAGCCCAAGAACCUGCUUCUGCUGCUGCACUCGGCGGCAAACGUAAUGGCGGGGCUGGUGCGGUGACGCGGGAGGGCAGUGAAGGCGGCGGCGGCGUUGUCGAAUACGCGGAGUCUGCGCUUUCGGUCGCCAACACCCCCAGACGUUGCAAUCCGAUGAUAAUGCCCUCGCCGAGGGCGGAGGGCGCAUCCACUCCCCGAGGAGAGGUCGGCGGCGGCGGUAGCGGCGGAAGCGGCGGUAGCGACGGUGGGGCGGUGGCGAGCGACUAUUAUGGCUUCGGACGGAGCAGCAGCUCCGUCGAGGAUCAGGCCAGGAGGAGGAGGGAAGUCACGGCGCAACAUGAUGCGGAGAUGGAAGUGGCGCUGUGGAUCGAGGGCGUUACCGGGGAGACGUUCCCGGGGAAGUUUUGGUCGAGCCUCAAGGAUGGAGUUCUGCUGUGUAACGUCUUGAACUCCAUCAAGCCAGGGCUAGUCCCACACGUGAACCCCUCUCGCGGGACCUUCCUCGAGUUGGAGAACAUCUCCGCCUUCCUGUCCGGUUGCCGGAAGGUGGGGGUCCCCGAGCACUCGCUGUUCGACACGAAGGACCUUCACGAGAAGAGGGACAUGCAGGUCGUGGUGCGCUGCUUGCACGUUCUGGGCGCGGCGGUGCAGUCGACGGUGCCGGAUUUCAGGGGGCCUUUCUUGGGCAAAAAGUCGGAGGCUCUGUCGAUCGUGAACGCUCGAGGUUUGAGGAAGCGACUGGGGAAAGGCCCCGGAGCGAGAGGCGGAAUCCACACCCUCACCGCCCACAAGGGCGGCGCCGGCGAGUACGUCGGAUCUGGCGACGUGCCGAUCGAGCAGCCCGACCCCACGGCGACCAUGACGCCCGCGGAGUCGCCCUCCGGCAAGCGGGCCUCCCGCCGGCGAGAAGCUUCGGACUCGGCGGGGGGCUCCGGCGUGGUGGCGGCGGGUACCCCCGCCUCCCCCCGCGCGAUAGCGGAGGGGCUCUCCGGCGGCGUCCUGCCCGCCGUGAUCUUGGAGGAGGAGGCGCCCGCGGGGAUGACCUCGGCGGUCGUGCGCGUCGAGCGGCAGGGCAGGCGCGGCGCGAGAGCGGCGGAGGAGGCGGGGGCUGGCAGCAGUGGGCGGCAGAACCUGGCGGGACUGUUCGCGGACGCGGCGUUGGCGGCGGAUCCUCGAGAAGGCGGGGGGCGAGGGGGGGCGGUGGCACUACGACGAACUACCAGCGGGGCGAGCGGCGUCAGCGGCAGCCAACAGCGGCGCAGCAGAGGCGCUCACAGGCAACUGCAACACCAGCAGCGCAAGGACGAGGACGGCGAGGGCGUUGUGUCCCAGGUCCAGCGGUUCGUGGAGCUGCACACUCGCCAGCCGUGGCGCGUCAGCGGGGACAUGCACGAGAGCCUGCGCGACGGCUGGCAGCUCGCGCUGCUGGCCAACGCCCUGCGGCCGGGAGCCGUACGGUGCGUGCACAACUCCAUCCAGCCCGUCAAGCACAUCCAGAACAUCGCCAGCUUCCUCAUCGCCUGCCGGCGGAUGGGGGUGGCUCGCGCCCUGCUCUUCGACAUCGAGGACCUCUACGAGAAGAGAAGCAACACCAGGGUGGCAAGGACACUGCUCGCGCUGCGGGCGCUGGCGGCCGAUCCGGACUUUGCUCUCGCGAGACCUUCCUCGCUGAUGGGCACCUCUCUGCUCGUGAACGCUGCUGCGGCUGCGGCGAAAACCGGGUUGGCGUCUGGGCCGCCGUCAGCGGCAUCGGCAGGUGGUCGCAGAUAGUGGGGGGUGCUAAAAUCGGGGGGGAAGUUUGGUAGUAAGCUGUUUACCGUCUAGCUUGGUCGCUCCCUCUGGUGUUGUUGGUCAUCCAGAUUACAACAGCCGAGUGUUCUUACCCUAUGGAGUAAAUACAUGGGGGUAGAUUUCUACAUUUUUGGAAGUAUACAUAACCUCACAGAACGACACUUGUCCGUUCGAGAUUCAUUGCAGUGUGUUUCAGUUGCGGGUAGUGUUGGGAGACAGCGCUGGGGGGGGGUCUACGUUCUUUUUUGUCCUCGACAAGGGUAGUUAGUUGUCGUACAUGGAUGCUAUUUUUUCAACCCGUAGGCUGUUUUGUUGUGUGCCAUGGGUGGGGGAGUGAUCGACCUCUCGUGAGGUUUGAUUUGAUGAGUGUUUGAUGGCGUGCAGGGGACAAUAUGUUGCUGCAUCGGGUUGGUUAAGCGGUCCAGUUUUUACACGCACCAUACGAGAAAUUUAUGCAUGUCUAGUCUUCCGAUGCACGAGCGAUUACGAUUGUUGGGUUUUUGUCUUUGCAAUAUAACUCGAGAAGUUUUAUCCGUUCGAUAACUUGUACGGCAUCGAAGCAUCAUAUAGAUGGUUCUACGCGAAGUUCUUUCUGAUACAAGCGUGGGCGGCCAAAAUCUCUGCUUUCUGUAGGGGGGGCUUGAGUGUUGUGUGUUCGCCGCAAACUCGCUGAAAGGAAUACUCUGGCUACACCGGCAAUUCUGGGCAGACAGCAGUGUGCGGUAUUCGCGGAGGAAGCAUCAAGGAGUUAUCUAGUGUUGUGUAUCUCUGGUGCUGGCAGAUUGUUUUGCUUGGUGACCGUGUGCUGCGGCGUAACGUCGUGCUGUCUCAAUUUCUGGACGGUUUGGCUUGUGCCCGGGGUGAGUCCAAGGGGUGCCGGUGCAAGAGUAUGCGGCGAACGGGCUCUCGUUGUUGCAUGUGCAGCCGACCACGUGGCAUCCACGUGGCGAUUGUACUACGUUAUGUAGCGGGAGGCCGCAACUUGUGUGCGCUUGCUUGUUCAGGCCAGAACUAUGCAUUCGUACUGAGCCGGUCGCGUGCGCUAUUCUUGUGUCCACAUCGGUAUCACAUCAGGUCUCGACAUCCUUGGUAUCAAUCCUGAUGUAUCACGAGUUCCCCCCUUUCGUUGUAUAGUAGUAACAACGGAGAGAACGCGGGGGCGCGCCCUUCUAUCUCACCAUCAUUUGCAUGCGGAUGUGUUGUAUGGUUAAGUUUGUGUUCGUUUCUGUCGGGUGCUGCUGGCUUUUGGAGGCAUGGCCUACGAAAGCGUAGAGAUUGGACGCUUGGGGGUGAAGUGAUGGAGAAAGGCCGGCAGUGUGUGCGUUGUUCACGUUUGUAUUUUUUAGUGCAUGCAGCAGCAGCGGCGGCGGCGGGGUGGGAGAGGAUGCCACACGACGUGCUACAUGGUUGCGGGCCGUUCUACUGGCGGCCAAAAUUUUCAUGCAGAAACGACUACCUGCUGCUGCUGUUGUUGUUCGUGUUUACUGUUGACUUUGUUAAGCUCACUCUGCUUGGAUGCGUUUGGGGUCUGUCCUGUCCCUACAAUAACUUUUGUGCGGGGGAGGGAGCGUGUGGAGUCUUAAAUAUUAUGAUGUAGUUAGUGGGUUUCCCUGGAGCAUGUGCUACUUUCCGACCGCCAUACCGCGUCCAGUAAAUACGAAGGGAUUGGGGGGGAUUCGUUGUGUGCAUUUUUGUGGCGCACGUAGCGGUGCGAGCUCGUCCUCUGCCUCCUCCCAGGUACAAGAGCUUGGGAGAUUGUGAGUUGCCACGUUAUGUGUGGGACGUAGACAUCGCGGUUUAGAAGACAAGAUAACAAUGACAUGACGACACAAUAAAUACAUGACUG